UUAUUUUUAUUCUUAUUGCUUGUUGCUUGGUAUUGUGCAAGGGGCCUUAGUCGCGAAGUGUACAAGCGAGGAAGGGACUCCGCCCCUCCCCCACAUCCCUUCUUCAAAGAAAUUUUAACCUAACCCAACUUAUUGCAUCUUUAUUAUGUAUUAUUGAGCGUGGGUUUUAAAAAUGAUAAUCUUUUCAACAAUGCCCAACAAUAUGUAAAGAUGUAAUAAGUUGGGUUAAAUUAGGAUUUCUUGGGGAGGGAUGCAAGGAUUUUUAUAACUUUUGAUCCGUUUAAGAGCGACACUUUGUUUUAAAAUCGUGUUCUACGCACCAAAAUACACAAUUCUACAAAGUUCCAGCGAAAUCGGAUUGAUAGAACUUAUGGAAGGAGAUGUGUACUAAAUAUGUAGAUCUCUUGCUGAUACAAUGUACUGUUUACUUCGAUCUUGUUUUCAAAGAAUUUUAUUGAUAUUAAAAGUUAGACCACAGUAUAUGCUUCUCUUUUUCUGUGUAAUUGUACUGUUGGACUUUCUUGGAGCGUUCACACAUCUAUUUGAAAUAACAUAUGAUGAGAACUUUGUUUAUCCAUAUGAAGGCAAUGUACAUGAUUUAGUGAAUGCAUUGCGACAUCAUGAAAAGCCUGAUGUUAAGCCUAUAAAUGAAUACAAAUAUUCUUUUAUACUACACAAUCCACAAAAAUGUACAGAAGCUGGCUAUAGUACAUUCCAUGUUGUGUAUAUAGUAAAGACUGCUCUAGAACAUUUUGAAAGAAGAGCUGUCAUACGUAAAACAUGGGGAUAUGAAAAGAGAUUCUUUGAUGUGCCAUUGAGAACUAUUUUCUUAGUAGGCAUGCAUCCAAAUGAUGAAGAAAUGCAAGCAAAACUAAAAAUAGAAGCAGCAAAAUAUAAGGAUAUUAUACAAGCAGAUUUUAUAGAUUCGUACUACAACAAUACUAUAAAAACAAUGAUGGGUUUUAAGUGGAUAGUAAAAUAUUGUUCAAAUUCAAAGUUUUAUAUGUUUUGUGAUGAUGAUAUGUAUAUAUCAGUAAAAAAUGUAUUAAGAUUUGUUAGAAAUCCAGAUAAAUACCCAGGUUACUUUAAAGAACCUAAGAAAUUAGCUGCACACAAAAGAGAGAUUAAGCUUACUGAUUUGAUAAGUUUUCAAAAGGGCAUUAGCAAUUUUAAUAACAGUAGUGGAAUACAUGAUGCAGCAAUUAGUGCAAAAUUAUUUAUGCAUAGUUUUACCACUAAUGAGUCAGCAGAAAAUUAUUUUAGAAAUAACAUACAUAAAGGACAUAGUAAACAAAUUAAUGAAAAUCUUAGAAUAAAGAGUAAACAGUUGCUUAAAUCAAACAUAUUUAUAUUAAAUAGAACAAAACGACAACUUUUUGAUUUCGAACUCCCAGACGAUGUUAGGCUGUUUGCAGGAUUUGUAUUUGUAUCCUCGCCACACCGAUAUAAAUCCUCUAAAUGGUAUGUCUCAUUAAAGGAAUACCCAUACCAUUUAUGGCCACCAUAUGUCACAGCUGGUGCAUAUAUCCUGUCUAAGGAAGCUCUCUUGGACAUGUAUUACACUAGUUUUUACACUAAACACUUUAAAUUUGAUGAUAUUUUUCUAGGUCUAAUAGCAAAAAAAGCUGAAAUAGAACCAUUUCAUUGCGAAGAUUUUCACUUUUAUAAAAGAGAAUAUACAAAAUAUAAUUAUAAAUAUGUUGUAGCAUCUCAUGGCUAUGGAGAUCCAAAUGAACUCCUACAAGUAUGGAAUGAACAAAAAGCUCUUGGAAAUGCUUAAAUUUAUAAAUAUCAGCAUGUAAGAAUAUUUAUGAUGUAAUAAAAAUAUAUGAUAUAUUCCACAUUCAUGAUACCAAUACAUUCUCUUCAGAAAUAACAAAAAAUUAAAUAUCGUAAUAUAUACUGUUGCCAAUAUUACUAUUCAAUACAAGCAUUAUUAUUGCUAUUUUGUAAUAU